UCGACGUCUGCGACGUCGUCAUCUCUUCAUAUUACGCCCCUGACUUUACUCUUUCUUCUCUUCUUCUUCCACUCCCUCCUCGUCGCAGCCGCUUCUCUCAACAAUCCGGCUGACGUAGCCAGUUCGUUGCGCUACCGCCGCGAAGCAUGCAAGGCGCUCAACAAUUGUCCGCCUUCUCUGCAGCAGAGGGCUCUGGACAACGUGCCAUGGAAGGGACCACAAGUGUCUCAGAGGAAGAAGAGAAGGGCAAAGCGAUCAUGAAGAUGCCUCUGCGGACCACUAGCCUUGCACGUCUUCCCCCUCCGCCAUCUUCUCCACCGCCUAAAGCGGACAAAGGGGCCAGAAAGCGCGCUUCUUCCUCCUCCUCCGUCGGACCCUUUCUGCACCCGCUUCCCACCAUCGAAACCAUCAUGACCUACCCCUCCCUCUCCCGCCCGACUUACGACAGCAUCAUCAGAGGAGACCCACCAGCAGAGUCAUACAACACUGUCACACAUACGCCGAAGCCAGCGCGCCCCAGCAAAGCGCCUAUUCCCCGCUCGGACCGCCUCGCCAGCAUCCGCGCUCUAGAUCUGAUACUCCAACGGGCCGACGAAAGCUGGGAUGAGCGCAGCAACAAGCGCUCCAGGUCGGACACAGGGUCAUCGAGUGCGAGUUCAGCGACGGCAUACUCCGCCGGCUCGAGCGACACGGAGUAUGGGGAAGAAGAAGAUGCGGGCAAGAGCCUUCUUUCGUGUCUGGAGCCGCCCAGCCCCACGCUGAGCGUCUCGUCCACGUCGAAAGCAACUGUUGCUUCCUCCCCGCCUGCGUCCGUCCCAUCGUCGCCGUUCCCCCCGGCGUCCCCUGCGCCCCCGGACGAGUCGACCACUGUGCCCUCGCGCGCCUCGUCGGCGGCUUCGUUCCGCACGUCACUUUCGACCCUCUCCUCGCUCUACGAAUCCUACUCCGAUAACAACACUUCCGGGACUUCUUCGUCUGCGCGCUCCUCAGCGCCUAGCUUCGCGAGCUCCGCCUAUCCCUCUCCCGCCCUUAGUCCAGAGGCCUCGCGAAGGAGCAGUCCCAGUUCCAGCGAGGAGUGGAUCUAUCCAAGUCCGCCUGCCUCGCCGCGUCCUUCAGCGGUGCAUGCGCAGGCCGAGCCUACUGCGCAAAAGCACCACGUGCGAGGGCAGACCGGGGAGAGGAGUGCUGUGACGUUUCCCCCGCCACCUGCCCCUUCCACAGUCUCCCUGCCUUCUCUGCCCUCCCUUCCGCUCUCGUCUCCGCCGCCGACGCUCACGCGGCUCCGCGCUUCGACACUGCCCAGUCUGACGAUCUCUCCUCCAGCCCCUGCUGCGCAAGCCCAGCUCCAGCCCCAGCCGAGCAACAUGUCUCCUCUCGGCGGCGGCAUGCUGUUCGAAGACUUCCCCGGAGGAGACGCUAUGGAGUGGAGUAUGAACGGCGGGGACGUAGUAUUUGGCGCUGCGGGCGUGGCGCUGAGUCCGCGCUUGAUUAGGGAAGGGGAGGGAGGAGGCGGGGGGAGGUGUUGCUGUGAGUGUAAGGGGUUGGGGUUGUAUGUUAUUGAGGAGGAAGAGGAUGGUGAGGGUGAGGCAGAGGCGGAAGAGGUAGAAGAGGGCGUGGAGGGAGGGCAGGAGUAGGAGGGGAAGUCGAGAUUGAGUGAUGAAGGGAGGGAGGUGGAAGGGGUAAGGGAAUAGGGAUAGAUGGGGGGGUUUUUUUUUUGGCUGUAACGGCGUGCUUGGUUGUGUUCACCGUCUCGUCUUGUCGUAUCCUUCGUGUCGGUGUAUUUUUCUCCCUUGCUUAAUUGAGAAAUCGUGUAAAUGUUUACUGGCUUCUUACACUAACUCGCUCGCAUUUGCAACGUGUCCGUGACGUUGCGUAGCUCAUCAGAACUACUCCUGGGAGACGUUCCUGACCUCCGAAACCGCACCGAUUGGCUAGCU